CGUGUGCACGAGUCGGUGAGCUGGUGGGAGAGGAGGAGGAGAGGGACCAGUGAGGCAGCAGAGGAGGCAAGUGCGAGAGGCUCGGCGCUGAACGGGACUCAAAACGAGCAGGGCUCACGGCAUCGCUAGUGUCGCAGGAGACCGAGGAGGACGUAGGGUCCCCCCGUUACACACCCGCAGAGGGACGACAGGAGAUUGAAAAAGCAAAAUACAGAGGAAACGGCCAACAAGCAGCCCGGGAGGAGGAGCAGACAGGGGAUUUGUGUUUCUCUGUUGUGAAUGUGCACGUGUCCUUAGGCAGCCCGACGGAGCAGAGAGGCGGAACGUCGUCGUAUUCGGGGGCAGACCUUUGCAUCACGCGCUGAUGAUGGAGAGGAGGAGGAUGGAAGCGGCGCUGCUCGUGCUGUUCCUGGGACACCUCACCACUGCGCUGGAGGUCCCACUAGACCUUCUGCAAGAACUGCCGCAGCCGCCGACCAUAACUCACCAGUCCCCUAAGGAUUAUAUCAUCGACCCACGAGAGAACAUUAUAAUCCACUGUGAAGCGAAGGGGAAGCCACACCCCAGUUUCUCCUGGACGAGAGACGGGACCCACUUUGACAUCGACGAGGACCCCAACGUGAGCAUGAGGCUCCACUCCGGGACCCUGGUGGUGGAUAUCAGCCGAGAGAAGGUGGACCAUUACGAGGGGGUUUAUCAGUGCACAGCCAGGAACAAACAUGGAACGGCUAUCUCCAACGAUAUAGUCGUACGACAGUCCAGAUCUCCCUUGUGGUCGAAGGAGGAAAUCAAGCCAAUCGUGGUUCAGGAGGGCGUGUCCUUGGUGCUGCAGUGUCGACCCCCUGCUGGCCUCCCUCCUCCCAUCAUCUUCUGGAUGGACAAUAACUUUCAGAAGCUGCCUCAGAGCAAGAGGGUGUCCCAGUCCCUGAACGGUGAUCUAUACUUCUCUAACGUCCACCGUGAAGACUCCAGGAACGACUACAUCUGCUACGCCCGCUUCCCACACACGCAAACCAUCCAGCAGAAACAACCCAUCACCGUCAGGGUCCUCAACAUGGAUGCAAUCAAUGACACAGUGGCAGCUUUUUACAAUGACACUGAUUUAUUUAGUGAAGCCCCAACGGAAGAGAGGAAGCCAACCUUCCUCAUUCCAUCUGGCACCUCCAGCUCCAAGAUGGUGUUGAGAGGACGCGUACUGGAGAUGGAGUGCAUCGCCGAAGGACUGCCCACCCCUGAAAUCUCCUGGACCAAAAUGAGCGGGGACCUCCCGGCCAAGCGCACAUCCUUCCUGCACUACAACAAGACUCUACGCAUCCUGAACGUCUCAGAAUCGGACGCGGGAGAUUACCGCUGCACGGCCAGGAACCACCACGGCCGAGUGCACCACACCAUCCACGUCACGGUCAAAGCCGCCCCUUAUUGGAUCAGUGGCGCUCCCAAGAAUCUUGUUCUGGCUCCAGGAGAGGACGGUGCGCUGACCUGCAGGGCCAGUGGUACACCCAAACCCUCCAUCACCUGGUUUAUGAAUGGCAUCCCCAUAGAGAAUUCUCCAGUGGAUCCAAGCAGACAGGUUUAUGACGACUCCAUCAUCUUCUCCAAUAUACAGUCCGGCUCCAGCGCCGUGUACCAGUGUAAUGUCUCUAAUGACUAUGGCUACCUCUUGUCCAACGCCUUUGUCAACGUCCUCUCGGAGCCGCCCAGAGUGCUGACGCCAGCCAACAAAGUCUACCAGGUCAUCAGAAAUCACCAGGCCUUGAUGGACUGCUCUUCCUUUGGCUCACCCAUCCCGAAUGUUACGUGGUUUAAGGACACUCAGUCCAGUACCCUGGAUGGAGACCCUUACAUCCUGCACGACAACGGGACUUUAGAGAUUCGCAUUGCUCAACACCAAAAUACUGGCAAAUACACCUGUGUGGCCAGAAACAGCCUCGGUAUUUCUAAGAAUCACAUCGUUCUCGAGGUCAAAGAGCCCACCCGGAUCCUGAAGCAGCCAGAGUACAGGAGGGUCCAGAGGGGCACGUCUGUGGUAUUCGAGUGCACGGUGAAUCACGACCCCUCGCUCACCCCCACCAUGACCUGGCUCAAAGACGACGGGGAGCUGCCAGACGACGAGAGGUUCACUGUGGGCUCCGACAGCCUCACCAUCACUGAUGUGACUGAGAGUGAUGAGGGGGAGUACAAAUGCAUCAUGAACACCACUCUGGACCAUGAUUCAGCCAGCGCCACCCUCACUGUUGUCGCUGUUUUCCACGAGCGUCCUGAGCCCCCAACUGACCUAGAACUGACAGACCAGAAAAAGAGGAGUGUUCAGCUCACUUGGAUCCCUGGAGAUGAGCAUAACAGCCCUAUUCAGAAAUUUCUGAUCCAGUAUGAAGACUCGCUGCAUCAUCAAGGUCACUGGCAUAACCUUACAGAGGUGCCUGGAACCAAGACGACAGCUCACCUCAAACUGUCGCCCUACGCUCACUACACCUUCAGAGUCCUGGCUCUUAACGCUGUGGGGUUCAGUCGCCCCAGCUUAGCCUCCAGGAUGUACAAGACAGAGCCUGCAGCUCCAGACGAGAACCCGACGGGCGUGCAUGGGUUUGGAACACAGCACGACAAUCUCGUGAUCUCCUGGAAGCCUCUGUCUGGCCUCCAGUCCAACGGUCCGGGGCUGCGCUAUAAAGUGAUGUGGAGGCAGAAGGUGGUGGGCAGUAGUUGGAACGACGCAACAGUGGCCAACAUCUCCAAGUUUGUUGUGUCUGGAACGCCCACGUUUUCCCAAUACGAGCUAAAAGUUCAGGCUGUGAACGACUUUGGAGAGGGACCCGAGCCCGCUGUUGUCCACGGCUACUCGGGGGAGGACCUGCCAAUAGCGGCUCCGGAAAACGUGCAGGGCAUCGCGUUAAACAGCUCUCUGGCAGAGGUACACUGGGAUCCCGUGCCCCCUCAUUUAAUACGAGGACACCUCAAAGGAUAUAAGGUGUAUUACUGGAGGAACCACAACCUCCACAAGCACAACCCCGUCAUCCUGAGCUUCAGCGGGAACCACACCCACGGCAUGCUGCCUGGCCUGCACCCCUUCAGUCACUACUCGUUCCACGUCAGGGUCUGUAACGGCAAGGGAGAGGGUCCCGCGAGCAAAGACCAGCAGUUUAAGACGCCCGAGGGAGUCCCGGGGCUUCCUACAUCUCUGACGGUCACAGAUACUAACCUGGACUCCCUGACCCUUGAGUGGACUCCUCCUCAUGAGCACAAUGGACACAUCACUGGCUACACCCUCAAGUAUCAGCCAGUCAAUAACUCCUAUGAACUGGGCCCAGCGGAGGAGCUGGCCCUGGCUGCCAAUGAGACCUCAGUCACUUUGACCAACCUCAAGUACAGCACACGCUACAAGUUUUAUUUGAAUGCGAAAACACUCACUGGACCAGGCCCAGCCAUUUCUCAGGAAGCUGUCACCAUCAUGGAUGAAGCUCUAAUAUCACAGGCUGACGUAGAUGCGUAUCUAGGGAACACCCAAACCUCUCAUCCCAUUGCGCCGUCUCCUCCACGCCGUCCAUCCCACAAGGAGCCUGAGAGUCCUUUCGGAAACGUUAGUUACUCGGUCGAAGAAGACGGGGCCCUGAUCAGUUGGGAGUACGAGGGCCCGGAGAAAAACUUUUAUGUAGAAUACAUAGUGGAAAACAGUGAUGGUGAAGAGGAGUGGCAGAAAGAGCCCGUGAACGGCUCUCAGAACGUUAUGCUGAAAGGCUUAAAGGGGGGCCUGUCCUAUAAGGUGCGUUUGGUGGCCAAGGGGCACCGCGACCAGCCGCUCCACUGCUCCAAGGAGCUGGUGGUCAAGGUCCCAGCUGUGGCGAGCAGGCAGGUGGACAUCGCCACUCAGGGAUGGUUCAUUGGCCUCAUGUGUGCCAUUGCUCUGCUCAUCCUGAUCCUUCUCAUUAUUUGCUUCAUCCAGAGAAAUAAAGGAGGGAAAUACCCUGUCAAAGAGAAGGAGGAUGCACACACAGACCCAGAGUUCCAGCCCAUGAAAGACGAUGACUGUCCUUUUGGGGAAUACAGUGACAAUGAGGACCAUAAACCGUUAAAAGGGAGCCGCACGCCAUCUAAUGGGACAGUUAAGCGAGACGACAGUGACGACAGUUUAGUUGACUACGGGGAAGGAGGAGAUGGACAGUUCAACGAGGACGGCUCCUUUAUCGGCCAGUAUAGCGGAAAGAGUACCAGCAGGGACACUGCUGGGGGCCACGAGAGCUCGGAGGCCCCGUCCCCUAUAAAUGCAAUGAACUCCUUGAACUCUUUCGUGUAGCCAAGCGGUCGCGAGGCGCCGCACUGACUGCUCGAUCCCCACUUCCUCAGAGGGCUGUCGCAACACCGCAUGGCUUUAUGAUCACACAUCCAUCCCCAUAUCCGCACAUGAAAUGGAAACCGAUAGCUAAUUAUACCCUACGCAGCAUAUGGGAAGGAUGCAGCUCAACCAUAACUUUCAUCUAAAACCCUAUUAAUUAACUCUUAGAUUUGUUGCAUUCUUACCAGGAAUCUCAUAUGGACUAUGCAGUGCUUGUCUGAACUAUACUUGUUUAUGUUAAUGGUUAUUAUACUAUCUGCUUCGUUUAUGUUUAAAUAGUAUCCAACUAUUACUCCAUGUAUCUUUCCAACACAGAAGCUUGUACCGAAAUCUGUGAUAAAGUAAUACACUCAUGCAUUAAAUGAAUGUAUUAUAUUUCAUGAAGCAUUCAGGAUCAACAAAGCAAAUCAUGCACCGCAGCUAUUUAUAUAUAUACAGUAUGUAUGAGGCGAACGUUCAGGAAACCAGAAUUUGGGAAGGGUGCACGCAGCUUGCACUGACACACUCUCGUCCACUGCGGUAGACUCACCUGUGGAGGCGGAGGGGGGAAACGCUGCCAUGCAUGUCCCAUGACCUCACGAUCUUUGCCCUGCAUGUGACCUCCACUUAUAGAACUCGGUCUGAAGGUCAGUGUGGCGUGCCGAGGGUGUGGUAGCUUGGUUCAGUCCCCCUCUUCAGUAGGUAGUGCCUUUUCCUCAAAACAGUCGUGAAGUCUCUUUCCCGCGUUCAAUAAUUGCGGCAGUUGUAGAUUGCAUCCCAGGAUGGAUAAGUUUGAGAAGAGGACCCUGCCGACUGGUGAAUAAUUCAUAUAUUCUUGACAUGUUUUCUUUCUUUUCUUUUCUUUUUUUUUUAAAAAAAAAAGACAACUCCCGUUGCCUUGAGACACUGACUUUGAUUCCUUCAAGAAGUUAAACAUGGCCACAUUGAAUGAGAUUAAAACACUGUUAAAACUCACUUCUUCUGAUGCAUAAAAUCGGCAGCCGUUGUGUUCAGUACCUGACAGUAUUCCUGCAGUGUAUUAAUGUUUGGGUGAGUUUUUGUGAGUGUGCGUCUGGGUGUGCGUGUGCGUGUGUGGAGGCGGUACAUAAUGGAGUUCCUAUUAGAUAAAAGUUGUUCCCUUGUACUAACUACACUUGAGGGCCUUUGGAUGGGAUCAAGGUUUCUUUUCUCUUAACUUGCAUCAAGUUUUUUUUUUUUUUUUUAAAGACAUGUAGAAUAUUUGUUGAAUUUGUAAAUACCUUAAUCAAUUGUACAGGGACAAGCAGCUUAAGCGCCAAUAUUGUGCAUGAUAUGGCUUAACUUGUUGAUAGGACUGUAUUAAAUAGAGACUACUUGUAGAGAAAAUAUAUAUAUAAAUAUACACAUUCUUUUGUUUUUUUCUUGCCGUGCACAUUGUACAUUUUAUUGUGACUAACUGGACAGAAAACUGCAUUUAAAUUUGAUUGUUUGCAGAUUUGCUUGACGGCGAGUUAAAUAACUUCGGCAUUGUACAACAAUGAUAUUCCGAUGCAUAGAAUUCUAUUACUCUGGUUUGUAAUUGUUCUGCGCAGCCCCAGUGCACUGCCAUGUCGAUGCUCUUUUCUGACGGUAUUGCAAAUGGUUUUGUAUUUAAGAAUUUGUACUAACAGAUGCUUUCUUUGUCUCUAUUUAAGUUUUUUUUUCUUCCUUUUAGUGCAAGUAUGAUAUUCAAGCUAAAGGAAAUAUAAUGAAUGAAUAAAUAAAUAUCUGCUUUAAGUUUCCAG